AUGCUGGAAUCGACAACGUCCACAACCACCAAGCGAAAGCGCGGUCGACCACCCGUAGAUGCCCGCCACGAUAACUGGUAUGGUGUUCAAGACCCAAAAGAGCGAAAGCGAAUCCAAGAUAGACUAGCUCAAAGAGCAAGGCGCAACCGCACUGGUACCGCGCCAACUAGCUCAGGUGUGAGGCUUGCCCAGGGCAAGGAUAGUCCACAAGAAGACGAGUCAAACGAAAGUUCACCGGCGGGACUACUCAAAAUUGAAAGUCAUGACCGCGAGCUGAUACAGGUCCUUGACGAAUCGCGUCUGAUUAUAACCGGGCCAAAAGCCCAAGCAAAGGUGGUGAGCUGGGACGGCGUCCCUGCUCUCAACAGCGUGGGCCUGGACCACUUCUUCCUGAAUUGGCCUGCAUGGUCCAUCUAUGCGGCUCUGACGAAACACGGACUGAUGCUCGGCAUGUCCUGUCGCGAAUGCAUCUUCGACUCGGUCUCCACAUCCAAUGAUGUCCUGCCCGAUGCCCUCCAGCCUACGCCUCUCCAGAUGGUGGUUCCUCACCGACGGUGGAUCGAUCGAUUCCCCUUUGUAAGACUCAGAGACAACAUGAUUCUCUUGAGCAGUCUGCUUGAUCUGGAUGCUUUCUGCGGAGACUUGUUCAACACCGCUAGCUUGACGCUGCGGCCGUCUGCGCCCUCGUGGGACCCUAAGUCUUGGGUUUUAGGCGAGGAGUUUGCUGCUAAAUGGGGGUAUCUAUUUCGGUAG